GCAAAAAUCGUGUAAGCUCGACUAAGAUACUGUUCAUUACGACAGCUGAAAGGCAACCAGGACCCUGAAGCCCUCCCUGCCUCUUGCUGCUAGCCAUGGACUUCGGUGAGAAGCAAAAAGCCCUGGUCAUGCAGUCGUGGGAACUCAUACAGCCUAACCUCGGAUACCUCAGCGUCCGAUUCUUCACAGAGAUUCUGGACAACAUCCCUGAGGCAAGAGACAUGUUCUACUUUCUCAAGGACAAGAAGGAUUCCCAUCACAACAAUCACAAGAUGAAGACUCAUGCUCUUGUCCUCUUGAAGUUGACAUGCAAUUCGGUAGUUCGGCUUCAAGAUAAGGGUGAUAUUGCCCUUCCUGAGGACGCCCUAAAAAAGCUUGGGUCGAUUCAUUUGGCGAAAAAUGUCAAGGAUUCUCAUUUUGAGGUCAUGAGGGAAGCUCUACUGAGGAUAGUCCAUGAGGGAGUGGGUGAUCAAUGGAGCGAUGACUUGGGCAAGGCAUGGGAAUUGGGUUAUGAUAAACUUGCAGAUGCUAUUAAGAUGAAGAUGAAAGAAUAGAAGAAGACUUGAACGCUUGUAGUGAUUUUCUCGCUUGAUGCAUUUGCACAUGAAGGAUUAUACAGGGAAGCUUGGGUGUCUGCAUAGCAAAUGAAUAUAUGAUGAAAACCACGAGCUACCAAUGUCUUUUUAAGAGCGAUUUAGUCAAGGCAAGUUGUUUUAUAUAAUUGGAAUUUGGGUUUAUUCAAUACUACCAAUCUUGUUUUAAGUAAGGCAUCUUUAGUUAACAUUGUCAUACUUCAUGUGUUGUGCUGUUAGAUAUGAAAGAUUUGUUGCUCUCGUUGAGACUGGUAAAUGGCUCUUCAUGAUCAUGAAAUGAUGGAUGACAUGCACUUGCAAAAUG